GAUACAGCCUGACGGAGGCCAUUUACAGCCCCCUGCAGCGUUCGGAGCUGGUGGACCUAUGCUGAAACAGUUCGACCAGUCGACCGCGAUGAGCAGGAACCCGUCACAAGCUGCGACUCCUCGUUCUGUAGUAGGCAUCGGUAACAAAGUUGCGAAGCCCGAUUACUCUGAAGCAAAGAUUGUUCUUGCGAUGGUCGGCCUGCCUGCGCGGGGGAAGUCAUAUCUCAGCAACAAGCUGAUGCGCUACCUCAAGUGGCUGGAAUACGACGUCAAGGUUUUCAAUGUGGGGCAACUACGCCGCUCACGUGCGCGCCAGAAAGCUUUACAGGGCGGCCAGAAGGAGGACCAUACCGCCCAAUAUUUCAGCCACAAUAAUGCGGAGGCCACGAAGCUGCGUGAUCAGCUCGCUGAGGACAGUCUUGAAAUGUUGAUCCAGUGGCUGAAGCAAGGAGGCAAUGUCGGCAUUCAUGAUGCCACUAACAGCACACUUAGCCGUCGUGCCAAGAUUGAGCAGCGUGUCGCGAAAGAGAAGGGCAUCGUCGUUAUCUUUCUUGAGUCUGUCUGUGACGACCCCGCAGUCAUCGCAGCGAAUGUCGCACUCAAGGUGAGCUCAGGCGACCCCGACUACAAGGACACAUCCCCGGAAGACGCGCGACGUGAUUUUCUACGACGGAUCAAGGAGUACGAGGCUGUGUACGAGACAAUUACAGAGUCGCACUUGUCGCACCUGCGCAUCCGCAAUGUUGGAGACCAAGUCACUCUCAGCCAUAUCCAUGGAUACCUCCAGAGUCGAAUUGCGUUCUACUUGAUGAACUUGCAUCUGAAGCCAAGGAGCAUAUUUUUCUCGCGGCACGGGGAGAGCCAGUUCAAUGUCGAGGGCAAGAUUGGAGGCGAUUCGCCAUUGUCGGAACGCGGGUUGAAAUACGCUCGUGCGUUGCCUGCCCUAAUCACCGACAACAUUGGUGAUGCUCCUCUCACCGUCUGGACGUCUACGCUGCAACGAACGAUCCAGACAGCGCAGUAUCUCCCUUAUAACAAACUUACAUGGAAGUCGCUCGAUGAGCUAGAUGCAGGCGUAUGCGAUGGUAUGACGUAUGAGGAGAUCGAGCAAGCAUACCCCGAGGACUUUGCUAAUCGUGACCAGGAUAAAUUUAAUUACCGGUACAGAGGUGGUGAAUCAUACCGGGAUGUCGUUGUCCGACUCGAACCCGUCAUCAUGGAGCUGGAGCGACAAGAGAAUAUCUUGAUCAUUGGGCAUCAAGCAAUCCUGCGAUGCUUAUACGCGUACUUCCACAAUCUGCCGCAUGCGGACUUGCCGUACAUCAAGAUUCCUCUGCAUACCGUCAUCAAGCUGACACCGAAGGCGUAUGGUUGUGAUGAAGAGAGAUACACCCUUCCGAUCGGCGCUGUAGACACCCAUCGCCCCAAGCCCGGUGCCCAGACUCAGCAACCAGCUCUCGUCGGCAUCACACGCGAAUACUACGGAGAGAACUAAAAUGCAGAUAUCUCACUUGAUAUCAUACAGAGACUCCAAAUGUGUGGUAUAACAACUGAAUUAUGCACUGGCAAUACAGAUAGAUCUGGUAACGAAAAGCUAAUUUUGCGUUGAAAUGUAUGCCAAGUCAGCGAACUGGACGUCGUAGAUGGUUUCUAUGGUGAGUGAGGUCUCGUUUGUUGGGGACUGGUUCAACCAGGUCCACUUAUAACCCGUAUGAUAACGCAGAGCUGCGCCCCAGCGUUUAUUCAAGCUCUCUUCUGGGUCGUUCCAGCCGUCCCACUCGUAAUAGCUGUCUGCAGCUAAGCAAUUACUGCAUUGUCAUAAGCGCUUCGGCACACCUGGAUGGUCCGAAAUAGACUCACAAGUGCAAAAGGCGAGGCACAACCGCCUGCCCGGCAUGUGGUGUGUCCUUGAUACGGUCUGUCUGCGUGCGUGUCUGUUCCUUCUCGGUCGCGUCAGCGUCGCCAAGGCCAGUGAUGUACAUGUCGACGAGGCAGCUUGAGACCUCCCAGUCGUAGCUCAAGUGCUCGUAGAUGUCCGGGCGCGCCUUGACGAUCGCCCACCAGUAGCUCUGGUCGCCGAGCCAGACGUCGCGAUACUUGCCCGUUCUCUCGUCCGGAGUACCAAAGAGCGCCUCGAACGCAGGCGGACUGAGAGCGCUCGGCCCGUCGCGUGCACUACGGUAGGCAGACGAGUCCAUGAGGCGCAGAGUGCGGAGCUUCUCGAGGUCGAGGAGCAUGACGCACGAGCAGAUCUUGUUCGCGUCGAGCCAGGUGUCUGAGUGCUGCUCAGGGUGACUUGGCAUGCUGAUAGCGGUCUCGGGGCGCCAGGUGCGGAACUGUAUCCAGAGGAGGCGCGGGUCGCUGAUGAAGAAGGCGUCGGUGUCGACGAAGACACUCUUUUUUACGCUAGGUGGCAGAAUCUCAUGAAUGAAGAGCUUCAUGAGGCCGACUGUCGAGGAAUUCAGUAUGAGUUAGGAGACAGAAUUGAAUACCU